AUGAGGAACAAAACUAUUGCACGAGAGUUUAAUGACGUCCUAACGGCGGUGUAUGAUUUUCAAAAAGUACAUGGAUUGCCCUAUGGUGAAACAAGUAUCCUUUAUUACAAGCGAAAAUUAACUGUAUUUAAUUUCACAGUAUACGAAAUGGGGAGUAGGGUUGCUAAGUGCUAUGUUUGGGACGAAAGCACAGCAAAGCGAGGAGCUAACGAGGUGAGCAGCUGUUUGUAUAAUUAUAUUAAGGAGCAUCAUCAGAAGGGCAUAAAAAUAUUCAACUUUUGGUCUGACAAUUGCGGAGGACAAAACCGCAAUCGAAUCGUUUUUGCUGCCUAUUUGCGAGCUGCUAAGGCCUUUCAGGUCACUCACAAAUAUUUUGAGAAAGGUCACACUCAAAAUGAGGGUGACAGUGUACACAAAGCACCGCUAAUUAGUUUGCGGCGCUACACAUCGACACUACUGUCAUUUACACAGUGUACAUGUGUGGGUAAUUUCAUAUUACUGUGUAUAAAAAUAUUCGUCCACCACGUUCACAUUGAUAUUUUCAUUCUUGUGUCGGUAUACGUAUUUUUAUAA